AAAUUCAACGGUCGGAAAACCAGACGGAUGAUUGCAACUAAAUUGGCGCGUCAAAUUUCGCAUUUGUACUUUAUAGGAAUCUUCUGUUCUUGUUUUUCAAGAAAAUGGAUGCACAGAAGGAUACCCAUUUGUUCGAUUUCCAGCAUGACAUCAAACCAGACGACUGCAGAGAGAAAAACUUUCUCACACAUUUUCCAAGAGUGCGCCGGUGUACUAGCACUGAAUCCAGGGAAACAAGCUCAUUGUCGCGUGAUUGUAUCUGGAUUCGUGCCCACAACCUUUGUUUCCAAUUGUUUGGUACAGGUGUACGCGAAAUGUGGGGAUAUGGGGUAUGCUUGUAAGGUGUUUGAUAAGAUGCCGCAACGGGAUGUGGUGUCAUGGAACACGAUGAUUUUUGGAUACGCUGCUUGUGGAAAGAUGGGGAUUGCAAGGGAGUAUUUUGAUGCGAUGCCUGAGAGAGAUGUUAUAUCGUGGAAUUCAUUGCUUUCCGGGUGCUUGCAGAAUGGUGAGUGCUUGAAGUCAAUUGAGGUUUUUGUGGAGAUGGGUAGACUGGGAGCGGUGUUUGAUCAGAGAACUUUUGCAGUUGUUUUGAAGGCGUGUGUUGGUUUGGAAGACUAUGAUGUAGGGAUCCAGGUUCAUGGAUAUGUAAUUCGAGUGGGAUUUGAGACAAAUGUUGUUACUGGUAGUGCUUUAGUAGAUAUGUAUGCGAAGUGUAAGAAAUUAUAUGAUUCGCUUAGACUUUUUCAUGGAAUGCCUGAGAAGAAUUGGAUUUCAUGGAGCGCCGUUAUUGCCGGUUGUGUUCAAAAUGAUCAGUUUAUUAAAGGGCUGGAAUUGUUCAAGGAAAUGCUGAAGGAAGGAAUUGGGGUUAGUCAGUCAAUUUACGCCAGCAUUUUCAGGUCAUGUGCAGGGCUGUCUGCAUUUAGAUUAGGCAGUCAGUUGCAUGGUCAUGCCUUAAAGACUGAUUUUGGUUCAGAUGCCAUUGUAGGAACAGCAACUUUGGACAUGUAUUCAAAAUGUGGCAGUAUGCAUGAUGCUCAAAAGGUAUUUAACUUAUUGCCAAUACACAAUUUGCAAUCUUUCAAUGCCAUUAUUAUUGGUUACACCCAGAACGAUCAAGGCUUCCAAGCAUUGCACUUAUUUCGACUUUUGCAAAAGUCUGCUCUUGGUUUUGAUGAAAUAAGUUUGUCUGGAGCAUUUAGUGCUUGUGCAAUGAUUAAAGGAUAUAACGAGGGCCUUCAAGUACAUAGCUUAGCAGUUAAAAGUACCUUGGAGUCAAAUAUUUGUGUCAGUAAUGCCAUGGUUGACAUGUAUGGUAAAUGUGGAGCUUUAGCUGAAGCUUGUCAAGUUUUUUAUAAAAUGGAAAGAAGGGAUGCUGUUUCUUGGAAUGCAAUUAUCGCAGCAUAUGAGCAAAGUGGGCAUGAAGAGGAAACACUUUCUCAUUUUGUUUCAAUGCUCCGUUCAGGAAUGGAACCUGAUGAUUUCACUUAUGGCAGCGUUUUAAAAGCUUGUGCCGGUUGGCAAGCCCUGAAUCACGGCAUGGAAAUUCAUAACCGAAUCAUCAAAUCAGGAAUGGGGCUUGAUUGGUUUGUUGGAACUGCUCUCAUUGAUAUGCACUGCAAGUGUGGAAUGGUAGAAGAGGCACAAAAGAUUCAUGAGAGAAUACAACAAGAGACAGUGGUUUCUUGGAAUGCAAUGAUUUCUGGAUUCUUAUUGCGAAAAAGAAGUGAGGAUGCUCAGAGAUACUUUUCUUGGAUGUUGGAGGUGGGUGUGAAUCCAGAUAAUUUCACUUACGCAACAGUUCUUGAUACUUGUGCUAAUUUGGCUACUGUUGGACUCGGUAAGCAAAUUCAUGCUCACAUUAUCAAGCUGGAAUUGCAGUCAGAUGUGUAUGUAUCCAGCACCCUUGUUGAUAUGUACUCAAAGUGUGGAAACAUGUUAGAUGCUCGACUAAUGUUUGAUAAAGCACCUAAGCGGGAUUUUGUGACUUGGAAUGCCAUGAUUUGUGGGUAUGCCAACCACGGUCUUGGAGAGGAGGCUCUUGAAAUUUUUGAGGAUAUGAUACUCGAGAAUGUGUUGCCAAACCAUGCAACAUUCGUUUCAGUGCUUCGUGCAUGUGCACAUAUAGGGCUAGUUGAAAAGGGGUUCCAUUAUUUCAACAAAAUGUCAAAUGACUAUGGUUUAGAUCCUCAGUUAGAGCACUAUUCAUGCAUGGUGGAUAUAAUGGGGAGGGCAGGCCAAGUUACUGAGGCUUUAAAGCUAAUAAGUGAGAUGCCUUUCCAAGCUGAUGCUGUUAUUUGGAGAACCCUGCUUAGUAUCUGCAAGAUCCAGGGAAAUGUUGAGGUGGCAGAAAAGGCAGCCAGUAGUCUUUUGCAAUUGGAACCGCAGGACUCCUCUGCCUACAUUCUACUAUCUAAUAUUUAUGCUGAGGCAGGGAUGUGGAACAAGGUUUCUGAUGUGAGGAAGAUAAUGAGGUAUAAUAAGCUGAAGAAGGAGCCUGGUUGCAGCUGGAUUGAGAUUAAAGAUGAGGUUCAUACAUUUCUUGUUGGGGACAAGGCUCAUCCAAGAUGCGAUGAGAUGUACAACACACUUUGUAUUCUGGUUGAUGAGAUGAAAUGGGCUGGAUAUGUACCUGGUAGUGAGUUCUUGCUCGAGGAAGAGGCAGAUGAAAACAACCAUCUAGAAGAGCAGAGUAUCAACGUAAGUGGUUUGUAGUCAUACAGCUCUACGGAACAAUGGAAUUUCUGAAUUACAGCUUCUGAAAGAAUGUCAUUUUACUAAUAUACAGACAGGGACACC